AAUUCUGCUGCUGCGACGUUCCAUGCCCCCGGUGAUCCCAGCAGCAUUGGCAGCAUGCGACGUGAACAGAUUUGCACAUGUCCACUCUGGCGGAACGUCUACGCACAUAACAAUUGCAUAUUUGUCAACAUCAAUCCAGAGCUUGAAGGAAUUGAAGGGCUCGAAGUC